UAUUUAUAUAUUUGAUUAAAAUACAUAAAUACUUGAAUUAAAGAUAUUUAAACAAGUUGAAGAAUUUAGUUAAAUUAACAACUUUGUUCUCAGUGUAUCCUUCAAAAUCUCAUAUUGUACGGCAUUUAUCUUUUACGAAUGUUUAAAAAACGUUUCGCCAAUGAUAGUAUCGGUCAUCAGCGACCACUAGAGCGUCGCUGAAAAGUCAGACGGCAAUCGCGAAUGAUCACCGUGGCAGUGAACCAUGGCAUGUUAAAAUUAGUGUAACCUUGCCCCCAAAAGUGACACCUACAAAGGAAAACUCGGAUCGACAAUGCCGCCCUUCUCGAUCGGGUUUUUUUCCCCCCGACUGUGUACAACAUUGUCGCGCCUCGAAUGAAACUCUCGCAGCCGAUUUCCGAUUGACGAGCUCCCACGGAGCGUCGCUUACCUCGGAAACGUCGAUACAAGUGGAGUCGAGCUAUCGAGGCACAGCAAGAGGGUAUUAUGUCGAUGAGCCGCGCCGGCGGCCUUCUCAAACGGGGAAACGGUUAACGAAUGAUCGUUCCGAGGGUGGCUCCGCCCACGAUACGCGACGGUUGUCAGGCAAUCAUCCAGGGGCACGUUCCACCGAAUGUCUUCAGCAACGUGCCAGGUUCCUCUUCGCGUUUGCCGAGCUGGUCGAACUCAUCCCCCCAAGUCCCGCGACGUUCCUAGUGUAGCUGGCACCCUUUCGUUAGUCGGUACCCGCUCGCCCGUUUGUUCCUCGGCACCCCGACUUCAUUCAUUUAUUUGUGGUAUUUAUAUAAUUCCUCCAUCAUUCAGUGAAAGUUGAUACAUUAAGAAAGGAAGAGAAGUACCAGUUUUAUCUUUAAACUAGAAGCCUCAAAGCGAUCGGAUUUUUCAAGGUCUGCCUCUCUCUUUCUCUCUUUCUUUUUCUUUGAUAAAUUUCAAAUGGCAUACAAUCGUAAGUAUGCAGAUGUAUUUCCAUUUGAAAAAAAAAAGGUCAAGUUCUUUUCGUGCUGACAAGAUCAUCGAUAAAGCUCAGCAUCGUGUAGACUCGCGUUCGCUGUUUUGGCAAGAGCAGCAUCUUCAGCUAAUAUAAUAGCAAUAUAUUGUGAGAGAAGGGAAUCUAAAAUCGUUCGGUAAAAGAACGCCUGCGGAUCCCUCGACAUGCGGUCCACGUGAACGCGGGGAUGAAGAAUCCGAUUGUCAAGUACCUCCUCGGGGAGGAAGUGCCGACGAGGGAGGAAUACACGGAUUGGCACGAGAAUGCUAAGGGCGGCAGGUCGUCUUCGCCGCCGCCGCCUGCCGCCGGUGCCGGUGCUCGACGUCGACGCUGACGAUCGCGACGAGCGGGACGAGAACGAGACCGACGACGAGAGAUAACGAAAGAUGAUGAGGGCGGUGUCGAGCAGCAGGGUGAGAGAACUCCAGGCCGUGCUGUUCCCGGUUCAACCCAUCCCAGGUGGCAUACUCUCUGAUCUAACGCCGCAGGAUUUGCAAGUGUCCCAACUGGAACGUUACGAGAGCUCGGGUCUGAGACGAGACGCGGAAUCGGCGCUGUUCACGAUCUCCUUGGGCCUGUCCAGGCAUCGGUACUCGAAGGAGGCCCUUCGAGCGGUACUCGACGCGCGCUGCAUCGUCGACGGAAGCAUCCAGGAAGCGGCCAGGUGGCCGACCGAGUGCCAGGUGAUCCAAGAAAGAGUUCGCCAUGUAGAGUACAGCCCGGCCAUACCGGAAGCCUUCUACGUUACCACCGGAAAGGAGCCGAGGCCCAAGCCGAUCGGUGACGAGCUUGGAACGGUGAUAUUCCGUUACUGUCCGACCAACGUUACUAAUUACUUUAGCCGAUCUUGCGUGGGCGGUAGCACGGUGUACCCCACGGAUUUGCCUGAGGAGUCAACCGUCGACGGGAACGAUAUCUUCUUCGUCGCCGAAGCGUCCCGCCCGAAGAACGAGAGCACGGACCUACGGUUCGAGUCGCGUUUCGAGUGCGGUAAUCUCGGCAAAGUGGUGAAAAUAACCGACACGUAUUACCAGCUCUAUCUGAGAAGAGAUCUCUACACGCAGAGACACACGCAGUGGUACUACUUCAGAGUAUCCAACACGAGAAGUAGAAUCACGUACAGGUUUUCAAUCGUAAAUAUGUGCAAGGAAGAGAGUCUUUAUAACGAAGGCCUCAAGCCACUUCUUUAUUCCACCGAAGACGCUCGAACCCGAUCCGUAGGAUGGAGAAGAUGCGGCGACAAUAUCGCGUAUUAUCGAAACAAUGACUCAUCAAGCGACGAGGAGAAGGAGAAACACACGUUGACGUUCAACAUCUCGUUUCCUCACGAUCAUGACAUCGUUUACUUGGCACAUUGCUAUCCGUAUACCUAUACUGAUCUACAGGAGUAUCUCGGCAGGAUCGCGGCCGACCCCGCGAAAACGAGGUUCGCCAAGCUGCGCCUGCUGUGCCGCAGCCUGGCCGGAAACAGCGUGUAUUACCUGACGAUCACCGCGCCGACCAACGAUGAGGAGGUGCGCAGGAAGCGCGGCGUCGUCAUCACGGCCCGAGUGCAUCCUGGCGAGACGCCGUCGAGCUGGACGAUGAAGGGCAUUAUCGACUUCCUUACCGGCGACACGAACCGGGCUAGGGAACUCAGAGAGAGAUUCGUCUUCAAGUUAGUGCCAAUGCUGAACCCGGACGGGGUCAUAGUGGGCAACAAUCGGUGUUCCUUGUCCGGGAAGGACUUGAAUCGGCAGUACAGGACCGUGAUGCGGGAGAGUUACCCGUCCGUCUGGCAUACGAAGCUAAUGAUACGGAGGCUCCUCGAGGAAUGCGGGGUGGCGAUAUACUGUGAUCUCCACGCUCACUCGAGGAAGCACAACAUAUUCGCCUACGGUUGCGAGAGCAAGAGAACCGGAUGCAACGGAAGACUGUCCGAACAAGUAUUUCCGCUGAUGCUUCACAAAAAUGCAGCCGAUAAGUUUUCUUUCGAGAAUUGCAAAUUCCACGUGGAAAAGGGAAAAGAAGGCACGGGCAGAGUGGUUGUAUGGUCAAUGGGUGUGCAGAAUAGUUACACCAUGGAAGCUUCUAUGGGCGGCUCCAAAAUGGGCUCCAGAUGUGGAACGCAUUUUUCCACUCAGGACUACGAACAGAUCGGCAAGGCAUUCUGCGAGACUCUACUUGAUUUUUCUGAUCAAGAUCCCAUGAAGGAAAGACUCCGAAAUAAGAUUAUAGCUAGACUGACGAAGGAGGGUUCCAAUGCUGAGGAGCCUACCAAUAUCGACUUGACCGACUAUUCGAGCGACGAGGGGGGCGUCUCGCAGGGGAGCUUCUCGUCGGAAGAGGAAAGGAUCGAGUGCUACACGGAUGCUGCGUGGUCCAGCGAGGGCGGCGAGUUCCUGGCGAGUCGCCGCCGGUAUCUUUGCGUGCCACCGCCGUCGCCGACCUUCGUCCCGCCGAGAAGCGUCGGUCUUUACAGAAGGAGGGCGCGAAGGGACGUCGCGGGGAGAAUUUAUUUGGAGCGCAGGAGAAAUCUGACGCGACGAGCGGUGAUGGACUUGCCGACCACGGAUCCAGGUAGCGACCUGUGCGACCUGACCGAUUCGGCCGACGAGGGUUUCGUCAGAAGCGAGGGACGAGAAUACGACGCUGCAUGGGGAAGUACCGCGCAAGAGUACCGCGAGGAGAUAAUCGAGCUUUCCGAAAGGGAGACGGCGGAGAAAGGGGAGCAGCAGGAGAAGACGCUGAUCCUGCCGGAAAUCGUGAGACCUCGCAGCGUGUCCUUCGGCGAGCUAUUGCCGCGUAAGGAACACCGGAAGACUCGUCAACGAUGCCUUCGAACGCUGAGAAAUCAGUCGCCGGUGUCGACGAGCCGAGAGGUGAGGCUCAAGCUGACGUCAUUGAGAAGACAGAUCUGGACGGGCGUUUCGACCGCGGCCGCCGAGGGCAACGACGCGGAACGUCUCGCCGACGCGGCAUUCGCGAGGACGCCGUUGAGCUGGGGUAUCUCCAGACACGCUCUGGCGCACUAUCCCACGGACGGCGAGGUCACGCUGAAGCCGCGGUCGAAGAAGCCGGCGCAGUCGCCGGUCUACGACGCGGACAAGGACGACGCGAGGAAGACGCGGAAGAAGUCGCGGCGGAAUGCGGCGCAGGCGGCCGCGCGAACGGACGCGCAGAAGCCGUCCUCCAGGAGGAAGAACGCGAGGCUCGACUGGCAGCGGGUGGUGACACUGAAUUCCCGGGGCAAGGACGUGAGAAUCGCGCGGGCCUCCUCUCUCCUGGCGAUCGAGGCGGACUCGUUGAAGCUGCUGGCCGCGUCGUCGUCGUCGUCCUCGUCGUCGUCCAAGCAGCCGCAGCGAUCGCCACGGAAGCUCGAGCCGCGCCGGAAGUUCCGCGGCGUUGGGGUCGCGGUGGCGUCCACCUGCGGCGUCGGCGUCGCCGGGGCGAAGCGAACGUGCGCCGCGAAGCCGACGAGGUCGAGAGCGUGCCGUCGCGACGCCUUCUGCGAGAGCACGACGUCGGACGACGCCUCGUCGGACUCGGGCAAGCCGAAGGUCGUGAAGAAGAAGCAGAAGAAGAAGAAGCAGCAGCAGCAGCAACAGCCGAGGAAACCGAGCAGAGGAACGGAGCAGAGCAAGCGCGUCUGCAGCAGCGCGAAGACCUCGCGUAACAAUGUCUGAGAAUUUUUAUCUUUCGAGGCUACGGGAUAAACGUAUCAUUAUCCCUGGCGAGAUUUCUCGAGGUCUCGAAAGAAAUCUUUUAAAUGGAAAGAUUGAGAAAUAAUCAAGGACUGAACUCUAUAGUAGCAAAAAACAUUGGCGCAAUAUUGAGAAGUAAAGACAAUAUUGCCAAUAUUGGUCCAAUAUUGUGAAGUGUACGCUUUAUCUUAUUUAGCCGGUUUGUCUAAGCAGCAAUAUUGGUUCAAUAUUGGUUCAGCAUCGGGCCAAUAUUGAACCAAUCAAUUUUUUAUAUUGGACAUUAAUUGCAUUCUAAUUAAGAACUAAUAAUUUUAUGACCAAUUCAUUCCCAAUAUAACCAAUAUUUAGCCAAUAUUAGCCAAUAUAUUGCCAAUGUAUUUUGUUACUAGGGAAGUUAAGGAGCUAAUAAAUGAGCGAAUUAAGGGACGAAAAAAGAUGAAUUAGAUUUAUUCUUUCAAUUCGAUAAGAAUUUAAAAAAAAAACUCGAGAAUAGUUAACUCUCUUUAAUAUUUUAUUAAUGUUGCGACGAUUUUUACAUACAAGGACGGAACAAUUAUUUAGAUAACAUCUUGAUCUUUUUAAUCUCAUGUCCUCCGACGACACGUUCGGAUUAAAUCAUAGAGUCGACACAUUCUCGCUUCCUAACGUGGGAAAUAAAUUACUUGUUAUUUUCCUAUUUAACGGAUAACAAUUUUAAAGUUAUAUAACCGUGACCAAUUCAAACGUAUCUUGCAUAACAGAUAAUAUUUUCUGACUUUGAUCAUAGCUUUUUGUGAAAACCCUUUGUAGAAAUUUAUUACAUUUAUGUUUCUAAGAUUUUUAAUAUUAUCUUUAAUUCGCUACGCAAUCUUUAAUUAUGUUUCAUUCGAUUUAUCCUAUCUUUGACUAAUAUUUUUAAUGAUGAUUUAUGCCGAAGAAAGACAAAUAAAGUCCGAAAAGUCAAGUCCGAAAAGUACAUGUCAAUCAACUAUUCUCAAAUUUCUCCAAAUUUUCCCAAGAAAUUAAAAGAAUUAAUAUUAUCAUUCUUUUUCAUAAUUUUACUUGCUCGUUUGUUAACCACACAGGCAUUUUCUUAACUUAAUUGCGUUUACUGGAAAUCAAGGGUGUUUUAGAAACUAAAAUUUCACUGAUGGAUGAUAAAAUCUACGUCCUUGUUAAAUUGCAAGCCGAGUGGCAAGACUUUAUUCGAACAAUAUAUAUGUGCCAUUCAAAAAUUGUAGUAGCUACAAUCGAUAUAGAACAAUAAUAUUUCAACGUGAGGUUUUAUUUAGAAUCUAGAAAAUAGAUUAUAAAUCACCGACAUGUUGAUAAAAAUUCAUGAGAAGAGAGUCUCAGCAUGAAAAUUAUCAGCUUGCGGCAAUGAGAUAAAGAAUUUAUCAAGAUUUAUCUCCCUUUGAAAGUGUGAAGAAAAAAUAACUCGCAAUCUCCUUCGAAACGUCAUUUUUUUUAGAGAGAUAUCUAAUGAAUAACUAUGAAAA